AUGUGCCGCCAACACUCGCCGAGCGCCAGCUGCCAGCCUGGCCCUGGGCUGCAGGGUGAACGGGGCCCCCGGAGCUGGUGCUCUGUCCUGCCCCUGGGGGAGGUGGCCGGGGUCCCGGGGCUGCUGACAGCGGGGUACCACCUCACGCAGCAGGGCGGGGCGCCCCAAAGCUUGUCGGGCCGAUGGACAUCGUGGGGCCGGAAGGGACCUGCUAGACGAGGGGAGCGCGGAGCCUGCCCGCGGGUGAGGGGCGCGGGCUCCCACCACUUGGCCUCCGCCAGCCCCGCCCCACAGAGCCCCCGUGACUUCAGAGGGACGCCACCCCACCUCAGGGAGUCCGAGGAAACGUCUUCAUUCACAGCAGGCGGGGGACGUUUGCGGCCGUCCCAAAAUAGCCCCAAGGAGCCGCCUGCCACCCCGGGAAUGCCCGGAAACCACGCCCGGCUGAGCACAGAGGUCACCCAGCUCCCAGGCCUUGGACGCUCGAGGGGACUUGAGGAAGCUUCCAGAAGAGCAGUGGGUCACAGCUCCUCCAAGGCCUGGUCCACGGGAGCCACAGGAGAAGCAGCUGCUCAGGGGGUGAAGGAAGGAGGCGCCAACGAGGCAGGACGGGACAGGGAGCACCUCUCCCCGGGGCCUCGGGGGCUCCUGCCCCUCCGGCCCCGCGGCCCCGCCGACCGGUGGCCUCUGAGACGUGAGGGGCGAAUCCUGGCGGCCGGGGCAGCCCCGGGACACUUGCCAGUCGUCACGACGGUGCCGCCGAGGGAGGCCCAGGCUGAGCACGGGACCCCCAAGGGGAGGGCAGGGCUGCUGCCACCUCGGAGCCAGGAGCAGAGUGCAGACCCCGAAGACUCGGCCAAGAUCACAGGGCCUGGCAGGGAGGGGCAGGCAGGCCCCGCUCGGGCUGCGGGCACGCGGCCGCAGACACAGCUGGAGGCCCUUGCUGACCCUGGCGGGGACCGUGCGAAGGAAGCAAAGAUCCGGCUCCUUCCUGCCCUCAGGAGGGAGGCCCCGGAGCUGCCAGGGAGGCUGCGUCUGGGCCCCGGGGUCUCAGGGGAGGUGGUCCCAUCCAGCCUCGGGGAUGACGGUGUAGCUCCGCCCCGUGACACCCAAGGCCUCCGGGACGAGCACCGGCGGGUGUGCACGGGCUGCAGGGAGCGCCCGAGGACCCGGGGCGGCCUGUCCCUCAGAGGAGGUCAGUCCCGCUGGGCCCAGUGGUGCAGGGCCACGGGCUCUCAGCGGGCACCGGGCCCUCCUGGGGAACGGGGAGGGGCAGGGACGUCGCUGUCCCCUGGGCUGCACCGAGGCCGCAGCCACCACCUGCCCUGUGUCCCGCGUCCCUUCAUCGGCGUCCAGCCGGAGCCGUGGAGAAAGGCCACAGACACACAGAAAAUGCCGAGGGCCGAGGAAGGACCUGCUUUAAUUCCAGCAUGCCUGCAUGCGUGUGUCGUGUGCAAAGCCACCCCCAAACCCAGUACCAGGGCGUCCACCCACGUCCACCCUUGGACGGUGGCCCUGACUUCACCCUCUGCCCCAUCUGCUGAGCCCCCGUGGCAGAUCUGGAGCUCCCAGCGGCCCCUCCACCAACUGACAAGCGGGGUUCUGAGGCAGGUGGGGGAGCCUGGCUUCAACGCACCCCCGGAACCCCCGCCACAGCCAGCCUGUCCUCGCAGCCUCCAGGCCACGGGGCCCAGGAGAAGCGGCGGCCUGGGCCACGCCUCGGAGCCAUGCCGGAGGGGCCCCUGGGGCCUCGAGGCGCCCGGCAUCCCACCCGCUCAGGAGGAGACCGAAAGCAGGGACCUUGUUCCUGCUAACGAGGAGCUGAGUGGGCGUGAGGUCUCCCGCACGCGCCCCUCAGGCACGGAGCCCGUGGCCGCUCUGUCCCGGACGCACCGUGUGGGCUCCAGGAUGAGGGCUCAGAGGGCGGUUUGCAUGAGAAACUGCCAAGGCUCCUUCUGGCGCUCCCAGCCCCGGCCUCCAGGGACCACACAGGCCAGCGCCGCGGACGGACAGAUGGACGGACAGUGCCGGCUUCCUGGGCUGCUGGCGGGACACGCCUGGCCGCCCGCCAGCUCCCCGGCAUGCCUGGGGGUGACUCCUGGAGCCCGGCCAGACGCUGUCACACGUCCCAGGGGCCCCUCAGCCUUCCCCGCCUUUGUUUCCGAUGACUGGGCUGGGGGAAGGGGCCUCUGCCUGCCGGAGGGGCCUCAGGCGUCUCCCUGCCACCGGCAAAAUGAGGUGGGAGAGGGCAAGGCUGAAGGGGCCACGCGGGUGGGGUCCGACCCUGCGGCCGGCCACCCGGCCCCGGGCCCGGCCCCACGGGCCUCCCUCGCGCAGCCGCCGGCGCUCGCCUCUGAUCUCCACGGAGAAUUUCGGGAAGUGGUGAGACAGGUCCGGACCCUGAGCGAGGCCGCCCUGCCAGGCACCCGGGCGCAGGCCGGGCCGGAGCCGUCCCCAGGCCGCGGCGCCCGGCAGCAGAGACAGGCCGCCCCGGAGGCCCCUCAAGACUGGCUGUGGGAGUGUUAUUCUGCCCACUUGACAGAGGAGAAGACUGAGGCUCCGGGAGCUGAGAAAGAGCCCGUGGGCAGCAGAGCAGACCAGGGCCUGCUGACGUUGGAGGCCGUGCUUGACCACGCCGGGCUGCAGAGAGGAGGCUGGGAGUCCAGGCUGGCGCUGGGCGGGAAGCUAGGCCCCCGGGGAGGAGGCCCCUCAGCUCCGGGGUCCACGGCCACUCCGUCAACGGUGGCGGCGGCGUGGGGCGCCCACCUGCCCCGGGACCCCUCCCGCCAGCCCCCGGCACCAAGCGCCCGGGCUGGGCCUGCCCAGAAGGCCCCUCCCCUCAUAGGCUGA